CCAUUGGUGUGUCGAGCCACAACAACACAGCGAGAAGACGACGAAUGUCAAACAAGUAAAACACGGACAGACAGCUGCAGCUAUGGGCAAGCUCCAUUCCCACUUGGCCAACCCCAAAGAUGAGAGUCAGGACUCGCUGACGGCCUCCGGGGAGUACAGAGACGGCGAGGAGGACGGAAAGAAUGGAGACGUGUCUCAGUUCCCCUACGUGGAGUUCACCGGACGGGACAGCGUCACCUGCCCGACGUGUCAGGGCACCGGCAGGAUACCACGAGGUCAAGAGAAUCAGCUCGUGGCUCUGAUUCCAUACAGCGACCAAAGGCUCCGGCCGAGCAGGACAAAGCUGUAUGUCACGAUAUCAGUGGCCCUCUGCCUGCUGCUGUCCGGCCUGGCUGUGUUCUUCCUAUUCCCUCGCUCUAUUGAUGUCUCCUAUGUGGGAGUGAAGUCCGCCUACGUCUCCUACGACCUGGACAAACGAAUUGUCUAUCUCAACGUCACGAGCACUCUGAACAUCACCAACAAUAACUACUACACCGUCUCUGUGACCAACAUCACAGCCCAGGUGCAGUUCUCCAAGACGGUGAUCGGCAAGGCCAAGUUCAACAACAGCUCCGUCAUCGUACCGCUGGAUGAGCGACAGAUCGACUACACUGUUCCCACCACCAUUGCUGAUGAGAUGAGUUAUAUGUUUGACUACUGCACCUUGCCGACCAUUAAAGUUCACAACAUAGUGGUCAUGAUGCAGGUGACGGUGACCACGUCGUACUUCGGCCACACGGAGCAGGUCUCCCAGGAGAUGUACCAGUAUGUGGACUGUGGGGGGAACACCACCUCCCUGCAUGGCCGUGUGCAGGUCUACCAGUAAAGAAAGAGGCAAAAGAGCGAAUGCGUCAAACUCUGCUGUGACUGAGGUUCUCACGGAGAACACUGGGCCGACUUCCAGAGAGGAAACCUUUGCUCGCUCACAAUGGAACGACAUAACAUUUCAUAACUAGUCGGUGGCUCAUUCAUUCUUAAAUUCCAAACCGGGUCUAAUGUGAUGUCAGAUUGACAGACUGGUCAAAGCAGAGAGAAUUUAGCAGGAUCUGCCGUGAGGUUUAUUGUCAUUUUUCCACCCUGGUGCCAACAAAACAGACAUAAAUCAUGUAAUAUUCACAUUGAUAGACACUCCCAUCAUGUUUACAUUGUCACUCGUUAACAGUUAAAUUAUUGGAAGCAGUGGCUUCACAUAUGAUGCACUUUAACAUGGUCAAUAACCACAGAUAUUAAUAAGAGUGUUGAGUUCUCCCUGCUAUUCUAUACCACUUUUAAUAAAAAAAUACAACAGCUAACGUUCAAGAGUAAACCCACCUCUUCCUGCUCUUUUUAUUCUGUUUCAUCAAAAUAUGAUUCUUGAUAUUCGUGCAGUAUAGAUGAUGUUUUAUCUUAUGUCAUUUCUUUCUUUUCAUUUGGAGUAUAGGUAGUGCGAGUCUUUUCCUUUGUUUAGCUGGCUGUCAUUCGGCGGAGUGAUUUAAAAGCAGACGUGACUACUAUGAAGACUGCAACAUGUUACGAGGAGGUUACAAAAUACAUAUUUUGAAAAGGGAUAACUUUUUAUUCUACUGUGGGAGCAUUACCGUGAGCUAUGAGAUACAGAAAUGUGUAAAUGUAAAAUGUGUACUUUCUGGCUUUCUUCCCUUUAGAUUCAGGUUAUUCUAUUAUUGUGUGUGCUAUGGUGUCAUUUUGCAAUGAGGCGUUUGCUAUUUUAACCCACUCUGCAUCUAUAGCUUGUAUCAUGAGUUGACUUAAAAAUAACUAUGACUUCCU